GCAUUUGAAAAUUAUAUCUUUUAUUCAGUAGGUUAGGCCUAUAUGAUAUGUGACUAACGCUGCUCAACUUCUGCAAAAAUGUCUGGAAGGGGAUUAUUCCAAAGUCCCAGUGAUGCUUCAGUUGCAUCCAAGCUUCAUAUAUUGCAGGGCUAUCUGCCCUUCGUUCAAAGCAUCAUAGCAAAGCUGCGCAGCAAAGGGGGACCAGGAGUUGCUGAACAGCUUAAGAAAAUGAAGAUGUUGCAGAAAUUCAUAAUUGAACAGGAUAUCAAGAGCUGUAAUGAGUCAAGAAUGGAGAAGAUGAUCAAACUCCUUCAAGGCAUCUAUCGGAAACAUAUGACAAACGCAUCUGGCAGCUCUAGCAAUGAGAAAGCAUUUCUCAAACGAGAAGGUAAUUCGCAAUUAAAAGUUGUUGAGACCAGCAAAAGGAGUGAAAGCGGCCCUGCUCAGCAAGGAAUGAAUGUGUUUCUAGAGAACAAAUGUAUCGAAUCGCAACGAGGCAGCGCUGCUCUCGAGAUGUCCUUGAUGGAAGCCAGUAAUGACGACCCUGAAAUUAUUUCCGUUUUAGGAAGCCUUGGCAAGCACAAUUUAGGCAGUUCUUCGUCACCUAGGAAUCCUCUCAGACCAUCAGGAACAACAGGUUAUACCAGUCAUAAUAAUACUAAUGUUUCCCACCAAAGAAAUAACACUGCCCAAAAUUGGAAUGAUAAAUCACAAAAAUCUCUUGAUACGGAUCUACGGUCAAUUCAGUUGAAGAAUGACGGAAGCAAGAAAAAUGUCAGCGAGAAAAUGUUAGCAUUAUUCGGGGAUGAGGCUUUGGAACAGUUCGAACAAUUGAGACCCAUACCCUCUCGUCCGUCUGACGCAGUGACGCAUCAGAGUACGAGGAGGAAAGAGGAUAAUCAAUCUACUAGUCGUUCGUCUUUGAUGUCAAGCAAGUAUCCGAGUGUGCGUCAGAAGGACUUCCUAAGUACAUCCACAAAACCAGGACAUCGCUAUGAUCUCUCAUCAUCGCAAGGCGAUAAUAAAAAACCAUUGUAUAAUACUGGUAAGCUGUUUGAUGCUGUUCCUCCAGCGAUACACACUCCUUCAUCUGCUCCGCAUUCAUCUUCUAAUCCAUACUCAAGGACUGGAUCUUCCUCUUCUGGCAGUUCACAGUCACAACAUAGCCUACAAAAACCUCAUUAUAGUCAUAAGCAGCAACCGCAUAAACGAAGCUUAUUGGACCUUCCGAUGCCGCCUGACAUUAAUAGCGGAAGCAGUAAAACGUGCACUGCUCCCAGACAAGACCGUGUAAGUCGCUGGGAUCAACGUUAUCCUGCAGGAGUGUCUACUGUUGAAGACGACAAAUACAAGGCUGUGGGUAAGGAGCAAUUGCCUGCCGCUUUCUGUAUGUCUCAAAGCAACUCCCCUUCAAACAGUGCAAAACUGCAGAUGUCAAGAGAGAAACUGCAGAAGUUAUUUGGCCUUAAACCAGCGCCUCCUCCGGAACUUUCUCAACUUACUCCAGGAACAAGUUACCAAGGUCAUUCUAAUCUUUCAAGUUCUAAAGAUGUCAUCUUUAUUAAUGAUGAACAAAAAUCUUCACACAAUCGUCUCUCGUGCAAUGACUCCCCAUAUGUUCGUGAGAGAAACUCGUCCAAACGUACUUCUGCAGAGGAAAAUGAUGAGCGCGCCAUGGGUUCUCGUGCCAACGAUCGGUUUUCCGAGAAAAGAGAUAGACCUUGGAAUGUGACAGACGAUGGUCGUACUCAACUAUUCAACUCAUUACCUUCUAACAAGUUUGAAACGAAUGCUGCUGGACGGUCAGCACGGCCUACUUCUGCUUCAUCGUUUUCUAGUUCUCAAAGAGAUCAUUCUCGUACAACUCUCUUCAAUACUGAUCCUAACAGAACUCGCGAAAGUGCAAGAGAUAGUUUGGCAUUGGCAAAAUGUCCUUCAGCUUCAUUUACUCCGGAUGAUACACCGGAUUCUCCUGAACCCGAAGAUGUUGGUUCAUUCAGUCCUACUGGUUUCUCUCCUGUACAAACAAUCCCUGUUGAAAAGGUGUCAUCCGCCGAAAAUUUUCGGAAGUCAAGAGAGAACAGUGUUGCAACUACUAAAGGAGCCAUUCGCAAUGUCGAAAGGUUCUCGAUGGAACUAUCUCGAGAAACCAGAGACGAUACAUUGAAAUACGAAGAUUUUGUUGGCCCUGCGACUAAGGUAUCUCACGGCCAUAGAAAACGUGCGAUAAAUGCUGCACCUCCAGUGCCCCCGAGCAUUCCCAAACCUCCCCCUCUCUCAAGUAAUUUAAUAAGUGCGGUGAUCGACAGCAGUCCUUUAAAAAAACAACCGGAAACUACUAAAAUACCCGUUGAACACAAGGAAGAUGGUCCUCCAUUUGUUGAAAGGGCGUCAAAUUCCAGUAGUAAUCACUCGAACCAUGCUAGAUUGAGCCUAACCUCUCAGAGCACUAAGUAUGAACCAAACAAAAUGAAGUCUGGUUCUAAAAGUGUGAGUGGGGCUCUAAACAUUGAAGAAUACAGGCGACGUCGAGCCAAGAAACCAAGCAAACCCUCCUGUAUAUUAGAUGAGCUUAUUCCAGAAACUUCACCUAGUAGCUCCAAUGACAAGAGUACCAACAGUCCUGUGAUGGAAGAAAUUUUCACUGAAGAUGUUCCUAGCUUCGGCGGGCGUAUGGUAAAUACACCAUUACUGCCCCCUCCAAUGCCUCCUUUCAACGCCAGCAACCCCCAAAUCCCACUACCGGACCAUAAAUUUCAACGCAAUAGAGAUCCUAGAACUAGAGAAGGUAGACAACCUAUGCAACGGUUACCAGUUGCUCCAGAUACUCAUUCUCCUUUUAUGAAACCCUUCUUGACCAGUGGGAUGAAGUCUCACGGUUUUCCUGCUCCCAGUCAAGGUCCAUUGGGAAACAUCCCUUCACCUUCCUAUGAUCCCAGAAUUUCGUCUCGAGAUCCGAGAACAUUCAACCGAAAUCAUCACAGUGUGAUAGGUGCUGGACCUCAAGGAACUCACGAUAUGCACGUUACCUCAGGGAGGAUGAUGCAACCCGCUGGUGUGGUGAAAACAGGUAUGGGUCCGCUGUACGCAGUACCUGCCCCAACCUUCCCGGGUAUGUAUGGGCCUAUGACCAUGGCAUAUCCUCCUCCUCAGUCCCCUACUCCACCUCCUCCUUGCACUGGACCUCCAGAGACACUAAAAACCCCUGCAAAUCUAAGUUCAAGCGCUUUCAUUAUUAUGAAAGGCUUACCGCAAUUUGCAAAUUCCAUGCACGUCUAUAAAUUUUUCCAGGAAUACAUUUUAAAAGAUGUGUGCAUUGAACUGGAUCACGGUCUAAAUUGCACCGGAAACGCUUACAUACAGUUUCCCAGUCCCGAGUCUGCUGCAGAAUGUCUCAAAAAAUUAAAUGGGUAUAUAAUGCAUGGCUUUCAAAUAUCUUUGGGAUCUAUGACCUCAGGUUUCUUUCAGACUGCCAAGAAAAAUUAUAAAGAAAAAAACAAUGAAAGAGAGCGUCGCCUUGGUAUUCCUAUGCUCCCCACUGGCAACUGUAACCCAUUCUACGACCCCAAGCGUUCGCAGCGUAAGCUGGCCGCGGAUACAGCAUUGUCCGAGCCUCAUAAAUCCACUAGCGGUACUAAAAUCAAAGAUUUGAAUAAAUCCCUGACUGAUGGGAAGGCCACAGUAUCAGACGUCGAGCCAUCAGACCCUGUUAGUGUUGCGUCGAAGAAGACCACGGACGAGGUUGCAAAAAAGAUUGAUGAAAAUGAUUCUGAUGAACUUAUUGCUCCAUCGAAUCAUUCGAAAUCUAAGAAGAAUCGUCGCUUCCGGAAAAUUAUUAGUCCUUGUGUGUCGGAUUCCAGUGAGGAUGAAAAUAUUCACACGUCGUCGGCGAACUCUGUUGGGGUACGUGAUGUUGCAUCGCCUGUGAAUGUAACUGCUCCCGGAUCAACAGCUGAAAAAGAGAGUGAGGUUCUGCUGUGUCGAAAGAAUAACGACUUCGAAUUUCCCGAUAUAGUACAAUCUAGUGCUGUAAUUACAGACGAUAUUGUCAUAUCAGACCGCGAAGAAGAUAAUCUUGAUUUCGAAGAAGGCCCAGACUUUGCCGCUAGUUUGCAUGACUCCAGUGAUGAACCUGAAGAAGAUAAUAUACUGAAUCGUGACAAGAAUACCCACAUAGAAAAAUCCUCGAAAGACGUUAGUUGUUCCUCCUCCAUACCGGUUGUUUCCAAUUCCGAAACUGUUCUACCAGUAAAUAAGAAAAGAAAACAGGACAAAAUAUCCUCUGCUGAUCUCAACCCCAAAAUGACUCGCAAAACUCACGAGGUUGUCGAGAAAGUUCUGGACGAUAAAAGUAAGUUCAAGGUGACCGUGCCUACUCCCAGUAAAUAUGUCGAAUGCUUGUUUGAUGACAAACCGCUGCUGACCCGCAAGUCCAAGUUGCCUGCAAAAUUGGGCUCGUCAGACGACUCCUCUACGCUGGAAGUUAGCUCUAGUGCUGGAAAUUCUGACGGAUCGGGCAUAACUAAACUGCUGUCCGCUUCAGUUGGCGAUGUUUCCAUGCCCGCUCCCAGCGAAGACUUGGACAAGUUUGAGCAUCCAUUUUCGGAUAGAUCAGAUGGCAGUGAUCGUGAUUCUCUCGUUAUCGAUUUAGACGAAAUGGUUAGGGAAACGAGGAAUUCAAUUGAUAAUGCAUUUCCCGAACCCGUUAUUCCACCAAUUGUUGCACGUGAUGAUCAGGAGACGUGUACUAACGCUUUGAGGGCCAUCUUAGCCGAACUGAGCGAUAAAAAGAAACGGGAAACAAAUUCUAGUGUUGCAUUGGCUGCCAAAAAUUCAGAUGCUGCAAGUGUCAGCGGAGCUAAACCUCAUUCAGUAGUUAUGAUAGCCGACUCGACCCUGUCAGAUGACGAGCCGCAAACUUUGCCUCAUGUUGAACCACGGUCGGAAAAUAAGCGCCGAAAGUCCUCGGAAUCUGUAGUCGGUUCAUCUCGUCGGUCAAGCGAUCCUGAAAUUGUAGAAAUUGAAUCGGACGAUUGUGCUGAAAAUACCGCUAAUCCUGAUUCUUUCCGUGCUCCGUCACGAAGUGCCAAUACUGCUUCUGGUGUCAAUGACAGUGUUUGUAGUGCAGCAACUGAUAUCAUCGAUUUAGAUGAUGAAGAAAAAGAUUUUGAUGAUCAACUUCAUGCUAGUGAAUCUGAUGGACUAUGUCCAAUUGUGGUGGAUAAUAAGAAUCAGCAAUGUCACUCUGAUGCAAAAAAUAGCUCAAACGAGGGGUUAGAAGAUUUUUGUCAUGCCAAAAAAUCUAAUGUUGAAACAUCGACGCAGAACAAAAGUAAAACAUCUACUCUCAAUGAAUCAAAAGAGUGCAUAAUUCUUGACAGCGACACGGAUGAAGAGCCUACACUAGCAAUAAAUACAUAUCAACCAACCGAGAAGCGUUCUAUUGCUGAUACGAAUGACAGUGCUACCUCUGAUGACCAGCCGUCUAAAAAACAGAAAAUUGCCCCAGAAAUGGAUCGAUCUGAGGAUCAAAGCGCAAGUGGUCUACAAAUUGAGUCCGUGACGAGUUUGUGUUCGUCACCUGUGACUCAAGUAAUAACCCAGUCGUCUCUUAACACUUCAACAGACAGCGUCAAUAACACGGGGAACGAUGAUCUUAAUCUGUCUCAGCAAACUGAUAUCUUCGGCGGUAGCUCUCUAGGGGAAGAUGACCUACCGGAUCUCUCUCAGAUCAUGGACACCAUCAAUGACGACGUGUUGCGUAACAAUCUCCCAGAUCUCGCAGACCCUCGCGUUGCUGAUGAUGCCCUACUUGAACUCGGCACUUCAUUACCUUGCAAUAGCAAGUCUUUUGCUUCUGGCGAGCUAUCCACAGAGUUGAAUGCGAGUUCUGUAGUCCCUGGACUUGCUAUUGACGAAGGUGUUUCAGACGACUUGAAUAAUGCAAAAGAUAUUUCCACAGAUGAGAUUGAGCAAGGCAAUAGCUUCUCGGUACCUAGUGAAUUAACCUCUCUUGAAAACGUAUCAAAUAAUGUAAGUGAUCAGGCUUCGGGCCAUGCUGAAUCGACAAGUCGUCAACCUGAUACUUUUUCGGCAACUGAACCGGCUGAACUUUUGGAGAAUAACACUACCCCGGAAGUGCAACCGACCUCUGCUAGAGAUGUUCAAGACGCACUACCAACAGUUAUGGAAAAAUCUGCAUCGAAUAUUCAUGAAGAUCUUGGUUCUGAACACGAAAAAUUUCCAUCCGAAGCUGGCAAGUUGGACUCCACUAAGGAUAAACCAAGAGAACCGGUUUCAGCCAUGGACAGCGAUGAGGAUAACGUCAGCGUUGGAAUAGCAAGUGUUUCUAGUUUUGACAGUUCUGUUGUAUCUGGGGACGGUCGUGAUUCCAAGACUCCUGACUCUAUGGGAAAGCUACGCCGGAAAAAAAGAGCUAUUAGAAGUAGUUCCAUUCCUAAUCUCGAGGCUAGAAGAGUUACUCGUGGCUCUAUAAUAGACAAACCGGACAGCUUUGAAGCUGUACAUUGGGACGAUGGAGGUGUUCUUGACCUUUUUCAAUGUGAGCUAUGCGAGUAUGUUGGUCGACAGCAUGUAAAUCAUCUUGUGAAUUUUCACCCAGAAAGAGAAAUUAAGUGCGAAUUCAAGAAGGAAGACGUAAACGUUGUUUUUAGAGACAAGGUUGGACCUUUCGUUCUUGAAAAUGGCGAAAAGCCCGAAGAAGUUGACCUGUCGUGGGUACCUCCUGGAUUACAGUUCAAUGAAGCCAUCGUGUGCAAUUUUGAAGGGUGUGAUUACGUAUCCAGCAUUAGGUUUGAUUUGAUAUACCACUACAUUGAACAUUAUCCCAAAUCACUACCAACAAUGUUCCAUUGUCGACUAUGUCAUCACAUGACUAAUGAUCUGGAAGUCGCUUACGAUCACUUUACAAGCCACACUGGUGAAUACCGCCAUCGCUGCAAUAAAUGCGGUUAUGGCUCCUACUCUAGGCAACGUGUAGAAGAACACCAUAAAACAACGCACGAAGGCGCUCCUCAACAGAUCGCGACUAGGGAUUUCGUAAUGAUCGAUAACUGGCCAUACAUCCAUAUUUGCAAGCUAUGUCUUUUCACUCAAAUUCAAUCCCACAAGGUAGAGGCUCAUUCAACACAGAGGCAUUCUGGAAGGGCUGAAAUCGUGAAGGCAAACAUGUUUCGCUCUAUUACCAUACACACUGGACGCAAUAAACGUGAUCUUCCAUCCAAAGACAAAUCCAAACCUAAAAAACCUGCGAAAAAGUUAAAAGCCGUUGAACGUAAUGUUUUUAUUGGUGGCGGAACACAGGAUGAGGAAGCCGAAAUGAAUCAAAUUGAAGCUAAAAAGUUGGUUGAGAGAAUAUCACAAAACAUCUAUACCACACGAACUGUUGAAGGGACUAAAGUUAAGCUCACCAAAUUAGAAUCCUUAAGCCAAAAAAUCUUGAGGAAAUCGAUUGAUGAAGAUGAACCUGUUGUAAGUAGUAAGUCUUCGGAAGAGUUGGUACAUUCACACACUCAGAGUACAUCUACUAUUGAAGAUACCCUAACUCAAAAUGCGUCUAACUCUGGUACCGAAACGCCCCCCGUCUUACACUCUGAUGAACAUGAAGUUGUUGAGGCUUACACGCCACUCGAGGACAUGACUGGCGUUGCUGAUGAAAUGACAGCAUCAGUGGAAGAAAAUGUUUUGGAUCUCAAAUCCACGAUAUCUAAACUCAGUCAGUCCCUGCAAGUUAGAACUUCAUCUGCUACGAGCUUAAAUAACGUAGACAGCGAUGAUUCUGAAGAACAGGAUUCAGAGUACGAUAGUGACGAGGACAAUUACGAGGAAACUGAUCCUUACGAUGAAGAAUACAAGUCUGAAGAUGAAUCACAGACCGAAGGAGAAGAGUAUGAGGCGUCUGCUAAUUCGGAGGAGUUGGUCGAACAAGAUGAGACUCGUAGCACGACUCAGUGUAAUGAGUUAGCAAAUGAGAGCGGCACGGUUGUAAGGUGCUCACACCCCGGCUGCGUGUAUACGUGCGGCAGCGAGCAGCAGCUCUCCACACAUCGCGUGCAGACGCACGGGUUCUACAGCUGCUCCUUCUACUUCUGCUCCUACGCUACCUUCUCCGAGGAGCAGUUCAUCGUACACUACCAGACACAUCCGCUGGUAAGCGUGUACAAGUGUGCGUAUGACUGCGGGUGCAGCGAGGCGUGCGUAGACGCUCUCAUCAGCCACUACAAGAAGGCUCACGCUGCUGCACCAGCUUACACUGCUACCGAGUGUGCCGGAACCACGACCGAUUCCGCAUUGCUGGACCCCUCACAGCCAGCACUUGUAGCUCCUGUAACGUCAUCUGCAGAUUGCACAACCGGCGACACGUCAUCCGCCUCGGCGCCCGUUACAUCUGCCGCGACGCCCGUGACAUCUGUGUCGGGACCCGUGACAUCCGCCGCGACACCCGUGACAUCUGUGUCGGUACCCGUGACAUCUGUUGGAACAGUUACAACGGUCGCAUCGGCAAGCUCUGACACCGCCGUGUCGUCAUCGUCUGGACCUCUAAUGACUGCUGUCUCUGGUUCAUCCAAGACGUCAUCUUCGUCAGGUGUGACUUCAAGCUCAGCUCAAGCCCAUGAUCCUGUUCGUGCAAAGGAUCCAAGCACCCAGUUAGUGGGGCCUGUAGGAGUGGUCGCCAUAAAACAGGAGCCUCCAGAUGAGGAGUCAGAAACACUUCCCCAUGGCUUCCACCUCCUCCCUCUGCACCCGCCUACAGUUCCUAUUGAAUAUCUUUUUAAGCAGUACCAGUCAGUAAGCGCCUUCCGUGUGUACACUGGCCGCAAGUCCAGCGAAGUGUUCAAGUGUAUGCAGCGAGGCUGUAUCUUUGCCACCACAUCUCCUGAGCAGUUCACAUCGCACUGCAAGGCUCACGGCUGCACUGCCAGGUGCUGCUACUGCCUCAUGCCCUUCGGUAGCACGGAGGAGCUCGUGCAUCACAUCGUCGAGGAGCACAGCCACUGCGGCUACAUGUGUAAACACUGCCUCUACCGCUCUACCUCUACCCUCUACCUCGGCACACACAUGAAAAACUUCCACCCUGUGGACCAGCCUCGCUACGUGCGCGUCGCUACCAUAAGGACUGAGCCGCCACCCAACCCUCCUGUCGAAACAUUUAUCCGCGCCUACCAGUGCGGCUACGAUGGCUGCCCCAAGCGGACUGUAGAUGCGGAAAUCUUCCGUAGUCACGUGAGCAGCUGCCACGGUGCCGACGUCGUGCUGCAGUGCUCCUUGUGCCCCUUCUCUGACACUGUAGUUCCUCUGGUGCUCCACAUGCGGGACCACAUGAUGGACGAGUUUCAGUGUCCGUAUUGCCUGCACGGCGAGGGGGAGCGCGAGAAGCUGCUUACUCACCUGGUCAACUGUCACCCUGGCCGCAGCGGCAAGGUCCUUCUCAGAAAACAUGACACUCCUGACCCUGGGAAAGUUGCUUCGAGCGCUGCCACAACUCCUGGGGCGCUCACCUGUCCUGGGACUGGUGCUGCUCCCUCUAGUGGAGCAGCCACCUCAGCUGUAGCAGUCACAUCAGCUGUUGCAGCUACAUUAACUGCAGCAACAACUUCUUGUGCAAGCUCCCCAAUGAUGACAAACAACGUGUCGGCAGCUAGUUCUGAUGUAAACACCACUCCGACAGCCAGCCUAUCUUCACUAAGUGUCGCCAGAGCUGGUGGGGGAACGAAUCAAAUUGUGAUGGGAGCUGAGGCCAUAAUGAACAAAACUGGUCCGGCUGCAAUGCCACAUUUCGGGCCCCUGAGCGUGAGCACGACAGCUGCAAGUGAAGUAUCGCCUAAUUUUACUACAAUUAAUGACGCUCUGACUACUACAACCUUCGUAUCUACUCCAGCUGAUGCUAACAUUAGUUCUUCCACUUCGAUUGUUUGUACACCCAUUACGACAAUUUCCCAUGCAUUUUCUGCUCCAAGUGCACCAGGCGUGGAAACUACCAGAAGCAUGUGUGCCUCUAGUAACAAUAGCUCUGUUCCAUCAGCUACGUUGAGCAACUUAACGAAGGAUUCUGAUUUAAAUGGUCAGAUGUCGACGCCUUCUACAUCAUUUGAUGAUGGCUUUGAGUCAUCCGAUGUUUCUAAUCAAGAUGGCCAACCUCCCAGAAAGAAACGAGGAGAGUUGUCUCCCGACCCAAAAGCAUCAAAUCAAACGGACCCUGGUUCUAUCGUAUCAACAGAUUCACAACACAGUGAUGACCUCGUAAACAAAUACAGUGAAACGCGCACAAACCUCAAUUCCUCCUCAUCCUCCGAUUGUCCGGAUAUUGAUGCAUUAUUACUGACUCCUUCCAAAAAGUUUACAACUGAGCUUCAGUCACCGAAUUCCAGUCCGUCUAUUGAUGCUCAGCAAGAAGCGAAUGCAAGCAGUGAUGGAAUAGUUGUUCCUAUGAUCGGCGUUUCUUCUCUGCAUCCUCAGCCAACACAAGAGUUUAACUCGUUGAUUUCCGCUCCUAUAAGCACUCCAAUUGCUGAGAGCAACGCAAAAGAUUCGCCUACUUCUGAACAACGCAGCCUGCGAUCCAGAUCGUACUCAAACUCAGGAAGUCUUAGCAGCAAGCCUGAGAUUGAUUCAGAGAAAACAGGGCGGCCUUCUGACAAAGUUGGCUUGUGCGGACACAAUCUUUAUCGCUGCGGUAACCCGUCGUGCACUCACACCAGCGCCACGAUGGUAGGGCUACGUGAGCAUCUGCAAGUGUGUGACCUGGCACGUGACAGUCCGACGCUGCGUUGUCAGCACUGCGGUCGUCAGUUCCGCCACAUUAGUGCGCUCGUUGAGCAUAUCAAGGUGCACGGACCAAAGCUGUAUCACUGUGGUGCUCCAGGCUGCAGCUACCGUGCCACGUUGCUACACUACUUUCGUAACCACUCAAAGCAGAUACACGGCACUUCACAUUAUAAAGCUGACCUAAAAGAUCCAACUAUUAAGGACCCAGAGUUCCAAGAGUUCAUUGUUACGCCAAAAGAAAAUCCCAGGGACUCGCGCAAGAAGCGCAAGAACGAGUUCGAUGUAACUGAUGUUGAGAAUAUCCCGCGAAGUCAUGUGUUAUCCACGCCUCAACGUUGCUUCAAAUGCUCGUAUUCUUCAAAAAUCCGCUCGAAUUUGAUCAAGCAUCUCAAGUUGCAUAAGCGAUUCCCUGAUGGCAUCCCAGAGAGAUCAUUCAAAGCAGAAAUUAAUUCUGACAACAAGAACCCCAUUCCGAAUCACCAGCCUGUGAAUCCCGUACCUCGUCUUGAGAGGAAAGAACUCAUGUUUGAUAAGAUGAUGAACCUUGCAGGGAGCAGCUUUGAAGAUAAGAAGUCGCUUGAACAGGUUGACUUGAGGCUUAAAAACCCAAUUCCGUCUGAAGAGUUGCAAAACUUUCCAUGUUAUGUCCCUGAGUCAUCUUUGAACAAAUGUGGUGUAGUGGGCUGUGAGUACAUUUCUUCGGACGAGAUGAUGCUCAAGUAUCACAUCAAGAGUUUGCACUUGGAUGUCAGUCAGUUUCCUUGCCCCCACUGCAAAAAUACUUUAAUCACAAUUGAAAAAAUCAGCUCUCACUUCAAGCUACACGGAGAAAAGUUAUUCAGGUGCGGAUGGUGUCCAUAUUUAUCUAACCGGCGGCCUGUCGUGGAGCGCCACACGAGAGAGAAACAUCCAACUAAGCGACCUUUCGAAUUUGUUAUUCGCGAUCCAGAUGAAGAAAAGGACGUUGAGGAAAGUAAAAAGGACGGCGCAGCAACGUCGGCCGGUUCUUCAACAACGCUUGGUGGCGAGACGGGUGAACCUCAGUGGCAGUGCGGACUGUGCCGCGUUCAGUCGGUCACCCAGCAGGAGAUGGUGAACCACACGAGUCUCAAACACGACAUCAAAAGCCAGUUCAAAUGUGGUCUCUGCAACUUCAAAAGCUCCGUUAUGGCCAACUUUGAAGCGCAUUUCUCUACCAAGCAUUCCAAUCAGCCACUGAAGGUGCUAUGCAAUUACUACCGGUUGGACGCAGAUGACAUAGAGCCGCUUUACGUUGCUAACUGCAAGGAGGGCAAGCAUGAACCUUUGUGGAAACGGAAAGAUCCACAGCGCACGCGUCAUAUCAGAGGCAUUUUACUGGACGAGUCAGCUCUACCAACUAAAGCUCGGACUUCUCAGGCUCAUCAAGUGCCUCUAGGCGACCUGCCGCAAGGAAUGCCUGAUGGUGACAACUUCGUGUGCCCCAAAUGCAUGAGUUUCCGUACGCCGUGCGAGAACACCUUCCGCUCGCACCUGUGCAAGGAAGCUGACUAUCACAGGUAUGAAUGCGUCGAGUGUGGCAUUACUACGCCUCUACUUCCAAGUCUUCGUCGCCACUACAACAAGGUGCAUCAUGCACAGUUCCAUAGUGACUGUUAUCUCGUCCUGCCCAUCGAUGAUGAGAAAGAGGCUUGGGUGGAGAGUAUCAUCACUCAUCACCAGCAUCACAUUCGCCUACACAAAGAAGAAGUGCAGCGCCAGCAACCGACCGCGACGGGGACUCAGCUGCCACCUUCAAAGAGCGGUCCUCCCUCAGCAGCAGUCACUGACACCAGCGGCUCUGCCUCGACGGGUCUCAGACUCACGAGACGUUCAUCACUCUGCGCGUCUGAUGACCCCAACAAAUGUGUCGAGUCAUCCGAGGCACAAGAGGAAUUAGUCUGCGAUGUGUGCGCCUUCACGUGCAAGACUGCGGCGGGACUUGUCAGCCACGCCCGAGCACAUCCCCUCGUGUACAAGUGUGGCUACUGCUCUUACAUCCAAGGCUCGAGAGUGUGUGUCGAGGCGCACUGCCGAGUUCGACAUUCCCGGCUACCAACAUCGGUAGUCAAAGUAGAUAUUACAGAAUCAGCAUCUGAUUCUAACGUAUCGCUCACCGAAGAUUCCGAUUCUGCUGAUGAUAUUGAACGUAAAAUGGAGAGUAUUUUUAGCGGAGAUGUCAAGAAGAAGUUACACAAGUGUCCUGACUGCUCUUUUGAGUCCACAAGUUCCAAACAAUACUAUAGGCAUUGCCAAACGCACGUUCACAAUCGACCGUUCUUGUGCGAGAUUUGCAACAAACGUUUUCGUGACGAGAGAAGAGCCAAGCAACAUCACGGUUGUGUACACACUAAUGUUAGCCAGAAGAUCACGUACUCUCCUUUGUCUGAAUCUCCAACGCCGUCUGAGUCAGCUGGAUCUUCACAAGAACCCAUUAUUUUGCCAUCUCCUACCAAGUCCUCGUUGAAACCUAAGCCUCUACCUCCUAUUUUCCAACUUGACGAAGAUUCUGAUGAAUUACCUGACCUCGAGCUUUCAUUUGACUCCUCUCUUAAGAUGGAUCCAAAAACUGCACCAGUUGUAUCAACUUCUUCUGACGUCGUGAAAGAAGAACCCAAACCCGAUCCAGCGACUCUCAGGCUACAAGACGCACUCAACGUUGAUCCUGGAGUUGAGUUCAUUUGCUGUCACUGCAGCUAUAAAGGUAACUGGGAAGGAAUCGGAGAACAUGUCCGUUCAGGGCAUCGAGAUCUACCGUUCAUGGUGCGCAAGUUCACGGAUGGAACUAUGAUCCUGGAAACGUACCAGUACUCUUGCAUACAUUGUUCGCUAAGCAGCGACUCGCUGAUGGCAGCUCUCGAUCACUGGGUCGUUAGUCACGUCAAGCUUGACUUCCAGUUCAAUAUGACUUUACACUCCUCCCAGGUAAUUGCAGGCGACAGUAAAGUAUCCUCAUUACUGCCGGAUACCGUGAAGAAAGAGGACUGCAACUCCACGUCUGCUGAUUCUCUGCCCGCAGCGUCAGAAAGCAGCACCCAGCAACCGCCCAAUAAGCGAGCUCGUCAAUCGAAUGAAUUAAACGAUUCUUUUGCUAGCACCUCCACCUCUGAGGACGACUUAGAGCCUGAAAUAAAUCAGGAGGAUAAGCCAACUGAAGAAAAACUCUACCGGUGCAGCAGUUGUCGUCGCACCUCAAAAUUCAAGGCAGAAAUUGAAGCUCAUCUAUUAGAGAAGCACGGGGGCUCUUGGUGGUGCACGAUCAUAGAGUUACCGGCAUCGUCGAGCAGCCGCGCGUCGCGUCGGCUGGUCAAGUGUCGCGUGUGUUGCUACAUCGGCUUCAGGGACCAGGUCACCGACCAUGGGCUCCGUCUACACCCACAGGAACACGCACUCCAGCCAGUCCUAAGCGCACUGCUGCCCACCGACAAGGAGGUCUUCAAGUGCGACGUUUGUAAAUUCAGUAGCAAGACGCGUAAAAUGAUUCAGCGCCAUAUGAAAGCCAGCCACAGCAAUAUGGUGACAAAUUUUUCGCGCUUCGCCGUCGAAGCUCGUGCGUCAGCCACGAAUGUUGCUGCUGACAGCGCCACAGUUGCUGUGGCUGCAGACGCUAUCGCCUCGACAUCGGGCGAAGCGAGCAGUCCCGGUGAGUAUCGUUGCGCCUAUUGCAACGACCUCAUUAAUGGCUAUGAGAUGCUUAGAUCACAUCAUACCUUCUUGCACUCGCACCUACCAUUCAAUACGAAUGAGAAUGAUAUAAUAAGUGCAGCAGAGAAGGUUGUGCAGCUAAGCACCUCCAGUAGCUCGAUGUCUCUCAUUAGGCCCAUGCCAGGCCGUGCCAUGAAAGCAACCGCCAGGAAAUCAAGUUUUGCUCGAGGCAAGAGCUUGGCUUUGAAGGCAAGUAGGAAAGCUGGUGGGUCGUCGACCUCCUCAGCUCGAACUGAAGAGCUUGGCGCACCAGAAAAUGGAGGGAAAUCGGAAGAACCACACAAGGAUGACUCCAUCGAGGGCGUGAGCCAUUAUGGAUUGCCACGUGAAGAGGUGUUGCUCAGCGGUCUCACCACUACCGUGGACAUGGGUUGUGGCCCCGUCAGAGUACCUGUCUCGCAUUAUUUCGAACUAUUCGAUAUGAAUCCCCGAGUAAUGCUUGUUAACAUAGCUGAUGUCUACGAUGUUUGAAGUUUUUCAUAGCGCGCGUAGCUGCGUUACGUGACGUUUCCUUCUUGCGCUAACUAGAGGCUGAUAAGAUUGUUCCAAAGAUUGUUUACCUCACAAGAACUUGUCCUCAAAUUUGCUGAAUGCAAACGGAACUUAAUUGUUGAUAACGGAUGAUUAUUAGGAUUAAGAUUAAAAUAAUUGCGAGCUAAGAUACCGGAAUGCUGUUUCUUUCAAGAUGCAUUACGUUGUCUCCACUGUUGACUUUAAUUCAGUUGCAUUAAUAUAGAUCUGUGUUAUUUUCUUGUGCAUGAUCGUUUCAUUUACGAAAAUGAUACUCUUUCGUAUCAUCUCACACUUCAUUUCAUCGUAAGAAAUCGAAUCAGAACGAGAUGAGGAAGUUCAUAGACAUACGAAUCCUUUAUUUAAGUGCUUGAUUAGUUUUUUUAAAUCAUGGAGAAGUUAAAAUCUUUCCUUUGUUCUUGCGCCUCCAAAAUAUAAAGGAGUGAGGAGACGAUUGUCGAACUUACAUAGGUCCGAAACAUGAUUUUGUGAUAAAAGGAUAAACUUCGUAAUAUGUUUCUAACAAUGUGUUCACAUACCGUUGAUGUGACUUAAAACUUGUAAAAGGACUUCGAAUUAUAAUAACUUCAUUUCUGGCAUUUUAUAUUUGUUUACAUGACUUGUAAAUUCAUUUGUUAGUUCAGUUUAGAUCGGCGACCUUUUUUGUGAAGGCGGUUUUAUAACUAUCCGUCUCCCUAGCAAACUGGAAUUGUGACGGGUUUUAAUUAUUUUGUUUAUCACUGGAUGAUUACGUUUUGGCGUCAGAGAAACUAUUGUUAACAGUAGACGACACGCAACUUAAUUUGCUAAAACACUUCACGAAGGGAGGACAUGCAUACGAAUGACAAGUGUGCAUCAAGAAGCUAAUAACGAUCUAAUUCACAAGUGGACUACCUACAUCGUAGGAAAAUGAUGACGGUAUCUUUUUUUAAAUAUUUAUUUUCUACUUUGAAUACCAGAUCGGAAGGUUGAAAUGCUGCAAGUGGUGGCAAUCAAUAGUACUUACUCGUUAGUUCUCUUUCAAUGAUUCACUUAUUAUUUGAUUCGUUUUUUUAGUAAUCAUUUAUUCACUUGUCAUCAUGUUGCCUCUGAAUCUGUACAUGAUUGUGAAAAUGUAAUACACUGUUCUCUGUUACUCUUAUUAUGACAUACCGAAACAAC